AUGAGCAAUCUAAUCAAAGCCUGCAGUGGCGAGGAGAAGCCCUCUUGUCUCAACUGCCAACGGCAAGGAGAGGCAUGCGACUAUAGCGUUCGCUUGAACUGGGGUGGCCGGACUAAGCGGUCCUCGGUUGACUCGCCAACCUCCAUGUCUAAUGGCUACGGGGGCACCGUGAUUGGGUUUGCUGAUUGUAUGCCAACCAGCACUGUGAGUGGAGCUCAGAUACCCACAUCCCUCAGCCAUGCCCCCCAAGAUGGGUUCGUGAACCUCCGACCUGUAGGGGUGGGCUCUCCGGGAGCAAUUUCACCCAGCACACCCGCCACUUUUGGCGUUCUUGACUCGCCCAACCCUCCUCAUCCAAGAUCUGACGGGGUAAAUUCACCCCCACAGGGAGAUAUACAAUACUCUUCCAGUUGGUUAGAGCCUUCUCCAUUGACACCAACGUCUUCAGGAUCACUUUCUCAGUUUCCCUUUGGACAGUCUUUCCAUGGAUCGUUCUCUCCGGCUGCAGACCAGGCAGUUGGUCUUAGAUCUCUCUCCGCAUUUGCAUUUCACUCCAAUUCAGUAUCACAGCCCGUUUCAUACCUUCGUAACUCGGUGGACCUGACCAGCCACCCAUCCGAUGCUUCGUCAUUUCCAAAUCAGAAUGAAGGACUGCCAUCUCACCGAGGCUCCAUGGGACGAGAUGACAGUGGCAUCGGAUUUCAGAUGAAUGGAACAGUGAACUCGGAUGGGCAUUCCGGCGAGCUCCCAGGUCAAAGUGGCCUCUCCGCUUUGCUGCUUGGUUCUAAUGCCUCGCCAUCCCCGGGUCAUGAUAGACCAACACCCGCCUCAACACAUGGUCCACAUACCGAGUCUCUUCAUUCAUUCCAUGCCUCUGAGACUUUCUCAACCGAGAUAACAGAAGGCGAUGAAGGCGCAAAUGAUUCCUUGGCCGCACAGAGCAAGUGGCAGGCAUAUUUGACCAGUGUCACCGACAACUAUGGGCUUGAUAGUGGACGUCCAGAUCGAGAUCUUGCUUUAAACAAUGACCACGCCGCCAUUGAUAUUAACUCAGCUCUCAACUCGAUCAGCUCACGUGGAAGGGGUAGCGAGACUUCAUCGCCUGCUGCACAGGGUGAUGGAGGGUUGCAGAAGUCUGACUUCAGUGGAUACUAUGCGGCUCCCGUUCCAAUCAAUAUUCCGCGAUACCUUUCCCCGCUUCCAGCGACACUCUUGGAGAAUCCGAUCAAUCUGCUAUAUUUUCAUCACUUUCUCAACCACACAUCUAAAAUGCUUGUUCCUCAUGAUUGUGAUAAUAACCCGUUUAUGUCGGUUUUGCCGUCUAUGGCCGUUGAUGACCCUAAUCUUCUUAACUUGCUGCUCGCGUACUCAGCAAGCCAUCGGGCCCGUUAUCUGGGACACCCAGAGCCUGCCAACCGAAUCGCACAUUGGGUCAGCGAUGUAUUCCCAACGCUACGGGUCGCAUUGGAAGCCUCCAAAGAAGAGAUCACCGAUGGCCAUCUGGCAACGGCUAUCUUGCUCUUGUCGUUAAAGAUCGUCUGCCCCGGAACAUUUGAGGUCCCUAUCCCGUGGCAGAGUCAUCUCAAACUCGCCCGUGAUUUGUUUCUGGCGCGAAGCGAUCGCAUCGCGCAACCAGGGAAUCGCAUUGGAGCCUUCUUCGCCCGCUGGCUUGGGUACAUUGACACAAUGGGGGCUCUUUCUUGUCGCCAAGCAGGUCCGCCCUUGAUGCUGUACGAUUCCGUGUUGGCGGCUUGUAGCCGUCCUAGCAAUCAUGAUGAAUAUUGUGUAGACUGCUUCACGGGGUUCACUCCUCGCACUGGCGUGUUUCUUCUCCGUCUUGCACAAUUGGUCCAGAAAUGUGACAAUGAGCGCUUUGACGAGGUUGGUAAUUUCAGACCCGGCUGGCACCCGUCCGCGGAUAUGGUCAUGGAGGCCCAGGCGGUUCUUGGUGAUCUUGAUGACUUGAGUGAGCGCGCCCAUGCCAACCCGGAGCAUCAUUUGGGGGUUGAGGGUGAUGACAUGAUGGCAACCGAAGAAGCAUUUCGAUGUGCCGGUCUUCUGCAUCUCCACCGGCGUGUUCUGGGAUCCUCCCCUGACUCAUUUCCUGUCAAGGAUGCUCUUCGUAAACUUAUUGGCGCAUUGGGACGCAUGCGACUCGGUGCGUCCACUGAGGUGUGUUCGCUAUUUCCAUUGUUUACCGCAGGAUGUGAGUCUCGGGAUCAAUCCCAGCGGAUUCGACUGUUGAACCGGUUCCUCGUUCUCGAGAAGUCUGGUAUGAAGCAGGUAUGUAGCCCUCAAUCCUCCACUGUUUACCUGACAAAGCGCUCUCCACUGACAUGGCCUUUUCAGAUUCAAAACGCUCGGCAAUUGGUGCAGCACUGUUGGGAUGAGAAUCUGCCGUGGAUUGCUCUGGCGAGUGGAGAAUUUCUUGGCUAG